AUGGACACCCCGAAAUCUAAAGAUAAAUUGAGUGCAAGACAAGAUCUUGAGAUGCUAUGUGACCGGCCUCUUCUAAACCCCGUCCGGGACAAAAAAGGGAAGGCUUGGAUCAAGAAAGGAGACUACACUUUAGAGAGGGUCGAUGUUAAAAAAGUUUGUGCUUGGCUGAAAAAGUUGAAAUUUCCAGACGGAUAUGCAUCGAAUAUAGGGAAUUGUGUGAACAUCAAAAAUGGUAGUUUUUACGGUUUCAAGAGCCAUGACUGUCACGUCUUUAUGCAACGUUUGUUUCCACUUGCUAUUAGAGGGUUUGUUCCAAAUAUGGUAUAUGAGGCCAUAACAGAGUUAUGCAUGUUUUUUCGAGUAUUAUGUUCAAAAACAUUGCAUAUGGAGGACUUGUACAACAUGAAACGCAGUAUUGCUCAAACCAUCUGCAAGUUGGAGAAAAUAUUCCCUCCUAGUUUCUUUGAUUCCAUGGAACACCUAAUCAUACAUUUAGCUGAUGAAGCAAUUCUUGGUGGUCCGGUGCAAUACAGAUGGAUCUAUCAAUAUGAGAGUGGAGAUAUAUUAAGCGUAUUUGCCUUUCCAUCAAGAAGAUUAUAUGAAAAGGGUGGAAAGAAAAGACCCUUGAAACAUGAAGAACUUCACAAAGCACACACUUACAUCCUACUAAACUGUGUAGAAGUUGCCCCUUUCAUCACAAAAUUUGAUCGAGCAGCCCAAGCAUCAUAUCAAAAUGAACCAAUUUCAGUACUUAGAGAUAAAUACUUUGCAGAAUGGUUUAAAUACAAAGUAACGGGGGACUCAACUGAUGGAAGUGCUAAACAUUUAGAACCUUUAGCAAAUGGACCCUCGAACAAUGCUCGGUCUUAUAACGGCUACUUUGUAAAUGGUUAUAAGUUCCACACACAAGAAUAUGGUAAAGGACGUGCAACAAAUAACUAUGGACUAUGCGUGAGGGGGGAGAUAUAUAAUGGCGAAGAGUCAGACUACUACGGCUUAUUGGAUGAGAUCCUAGAGAUUAACUAUUAUGACAUUGGGCGCUCGACUGUUGUGCUAUUCAAAUGCACUUGGUUUGAUAAUAUCCGUGGUGUAGUAGUUAAUAAGAAUAAAUUGGUUGAUGUUAAACCUACGUCUCAUAUUGAAACUAAUGAUCCUUUUUGUUUGGCAUCACAAGCGGAACACGUAUUUUAUACACCAUAUCCUGCGGUGACAGAUGAAUUAAAAGAUCUUUGGGCAGUUGUCAAGACAAAACCAAGAGGGGUAUAUGAAGUCACCAAAGCUGAAACGGAAGUUGCGCUUGAUGGAAGUACUGAAGCAAAUGGAGUCUUUCAUCUUGAUGAACGGUUUGAGUUACCGAAUGAAGUAAAUGUUAGUGAACGUUUGAGCCUAGCCUCAAAUAGAACUAACUUUGAGCAAAUAUCUUCCGAUGAGAGUGAGGGUUCUGAAGCGGAAAACCAAGAAGAUGAUACAGAUGAAGAUGAUAGAGACGAACCAUUUUAUUUUGACUACUAUCCAGAUGAGGACGAAUGUUAG